CACAAUGUCCUUCUGCAGGGACUGGACCCUCCUGAUAACAUGUCCAAAGUACAUGAGACGAAGUCUCGCCAUCCUUGCCUUGUUACUAGCCCACAAUUAAGUGACGCUUAAAAACUUGCAUAGCAAAUUGACAUUGUCUGGACAUAUUUAUUGUCUUUUACAAAACGUAUUGGACUACAGUGGAUUGAGAAAACAGCAGAAAUGGUCCUUCCCCACAGAUAUGUCAAGAAGCACUGUUCCACUUGAGGAGGAUGCAAUUUUAAAGAAACCAUCUUUCUUUUUACAUUUAUUUUCUCUGUUUCAGGGAUUUUGUGUUGGAAGACAUGGAUCUUGCCGCCAACGAGCUCAGCAUUUAUGACAAACUUUCAGAGACUGUUGAUUUGGUGAGGCAGACAGGCCAUCAGUGUGGCAUGUCCGAGAAGGCAAUUGAAAAAUUUAUCAGACAGCUGCUGGAAAAGAAUGAACCUCAGAGGGGAGCGCCCCAGUAUCCUUUCCUUAUAGCUCUGUAUAAGGUCCUUGUGACCCUGGGAUUAAUCUUGCUCACUGCCUACUUUGUGAUUCAACCUUUCAGCCCAUUACCACCUGAACCAGUGCUUUCAGGAGCUCACACCUGGCUCUCACUCAUCCAUCACAUCCGGCUGAUGUCCUUGCCCAUUACCAAGAAGUAUAUGCCAGAAAAUAAGGGAGUUCCUCCACAUAGGGAUGAUGAAGACAGGCCCUUUCCAGAGUUUGACCCCUGGUCAACAAAUGACUGUGAGCAAAAUGAGUCAGACCCCAUCCCUGCCAACUGCACUGACUGUACCCAGAACUUACCGCUCAAGGUAAUGCUCCUAGAAGAUACUCCCGAGAGGUUUGAGCAACUCCAUCCUCUGGUGAUCAAGACGGAACAGCCUCUGUUGUCUGAGGAGCUUCAGCAUUUUUUGUGUCGAUACCCUGAGGUUGCAGAAGGCUUCACCGAAGGGUUUUUCACCAAAUGGUGGCGCUGUUUUCCUGACCGGUGGUUCCCGUUUCCUUAUCCAUGGAGAAGACCUCUGAAUAGGUCACAAAUUUUACAUGAGCUUUUUCCUGUUUUCACCUACCUACCAUUUCCAAAAGAUGCCUCCUUGAAAAAAUGCUUCCUUCUUCACCCGGAACCUGUUGUGGGGAGUAAGACACACAGAAUGCACGAGCUGUUUACCAUUGUCAGUGGUGAGGCCAUGUUGCAGCUCAUCCCUCCCUUCCAGUGCCGGAGACACUGCCAGUCCAUGGCGAUGCAGCUAGAGCCAGGGGAUAUCGAUGAGGAAAUUGAGGUCCAGAGAGGAGAGGUGACCAUGCCAAGGCCCCACUGUCAAUCAAACAAGACAGCAAGUCUUAAUUGUCUACUUUCACAGAAUCAAGCCAAGAAAGGGGCAGUUCAAGAUUAGAGCAAACUCUUUAUAUGCCCAUUUUGCCCAUAAAACAAGACGAAAAGUAUAUACGGCAACAGCGCCCAAGGAAAUGCUGCCUUCGACAUGGAUCCCACGGCCAAGUUGCAGCCUAUGUUGAUGACUCACCCUGGACUCUGGCUCCAUGUUUUCCCAGCGGUGACUUUUUCUGUGCCUAAUAGUCUAAAAAUCUGUUCCAAAGAAACAGGUUCAAAUCAGCUGCUGUCAGUAGCAAUCAGUGGGUCAGCAGAGUUUUCUUGGCUGAAACAAACAAAUCAGCAAGUGUCACCACUGACCUCCUUGUUUUUCCUGCCUCACAGAACCUUAGGGCAGCCUACAAUCCCUGGCAAAGCCCAGACUGGUUUUCCAAUUGAUUUCUUUUAAUUUUAACCCCUCAGAUGACCCCCUAAAUCCCUAGAAACCUCUCACCUCAUUUGGCGGUAGGGGGUGGACUGCAAACUAUGCCAAGCUUUAAGUUACAUAACUUUAUUUCAAUUUAGAAAUGAAAAAUAAAAAUAAUGCACAAAUUAAACAUUAACUGAUAAAUACAGGCAGUCCCCAGGUUACUAACGAGAUCCUUUCCUAAGUGUGUCUUUAAGAAUUUGUAGGUAAGUCGGAACAGCUGCAUACGGAUCUUAUUUAGCCUUACUUUAGUGCAAGAAAAGACUACAAGCCUUUUCAAUGAUUUAAAAGUUGCAUGUGCGGCAAGUGAAGGUAAUUGUGAUGAAGAAUUUGUUGUGAGCAGAGUAGGGGUUGGUUCAAUUGUUUGAAAGUGAGGGCAAAUUUACAUAACAUUAAAGGGCAAGUAUGAGUUGUCUGUAAGUCUGAUUCAUUUAACCCUGGGACUUACUGAAAUGCACAAAUAAAGCAAUAACAGCUGGCCUGGUCCUUGGGGAAAAAAGAAUUCUUGUACAGAAAUUCUUUGGAACUAUUUUCCUGUAGUAGAAUGGCCCUCACAUGAGGAAUGACUAUUGCAAAACUCUGUAUGGUAUGUUUAGGUUUGGAGUGUGUAGUUGUACUGGAAAGAAGUUUCUGUCUUAUGUUCUACAAAUACCUAACCAUUUCAGAAACUAUAGAAACACCUCAGUUAUCCAAAUUCCAGAUUUCCAGCUCCCACAAAGCAUCCAGAAUGCCAAUUCUAAAAUUAGCCGAAAAGAAAAGGAGUCUUUGGCAGUGAUCAGAGAAGCUUUGAGCAGCCAACACUGGUGCAGAUCAUCCGGAAGAGCCUAAAAACCAGAAGAUGAUCCCUCCCAUGCUUUGACGGGCUGGUUUGCUGGUGGAAGGAAAGGAGUCCCGGGAUUGGCAGUGUCUGUCAAAGGCCAGCCACGUGACAUGAGU